AUGCCCUCGCCAAAUCAACAGCAUACAACCACCUUGUGGCUCUGGCCGACAGGCCUGUUCCCGCGUCGAAUCAUCUACUACCUGCGCGCCAAGAACAUCUCCUCCUCGAUGCUUCACGAGAAAAACAUCCACCUCAUCCCCGUCGUUCUCGACAAAGGUGCGCCAACACCAGACCUCGUGUCCCGCCCCGGCCUCGAAGCCCGUCCAGCCGAAACGUCACUGCCUGUACUACGCAUCACCUAUGCCGAUGAUCCAGGAAAUGCAUCGCGCUCCUCUAGCUCCUACCGCCUAAGCGUUCCUUCCUUUGUCCACGUGGGUGGAAAUCCAUUGUGUUACGACCGGAUCCUGUAA